AUGGCUGGUCGCACUAUUGGUAGUCGACUGCUUCGAGCAGCAGGCUAUGCCUCUGUCGUUGGUGUAGCCGGUGCUGGAGGAGUCUACUUCAUCUAUCGCCCGCGAGACAUUCCUGGCACAGAAGCUGCGUCUGUGCCUCCUCCUACUUACGGCGAAGGAGGAGUCUACCGGGCACAGCAUUUCCCAAGAGAGAAGAGCAGAGCAGAGCAGAUCGCCGAUCUGAAGGCCAGUGCUGGUACAGCAUUCAAGCAAGCUGCAAACAAGGUCUCAAAUGCUAUAGCUGGUACUGAGCAGCAAGAUGAGAACGACGAUAAUGCCUAUGACUUGCUCAUCAUUGGUGGCGGAGCUACAGGAACUGGUGUCGCUCUCGACGCAGCAUCAAGAGGCUUGAAAGUCGCACUAGUCGAACGAGACGACUUCGCGGCAGGAACCAGCAGUAAGAGCACGAAGCUCGUCCAUGGUGGUGUACGAUACUUGGAAAAGGCUGUGUGGCAACUCGACUACAACCAAUACAAGCUGGUCAGAGAAGCCCUCCGCGAACGCAGAUACUUCCUUGACACAGCACCGCAUCUCUCAUCAUGGCUCCCAAUCAUGAUUCCUGUCCAGAAAUGGUGGCAGGCACCUUACUUCUGGGCUGGAACCAAAUUCUACGACUUCCUCGCUGGCUCCGAGAAUAUCGAAUCAUCUUACUUCCUCACUCGCAGCAAGGCUCUUGAUGCCUUUCCUAUGUUGAAGAAGGAGGGGUUGUUUGGUGCUUUGGUAUACUAUGAUGGUGCACACAACGAUUCUCGCAUGAAUACUUCGAUUGCCAUGACUGCUGCGCUCUACGGCGCCACUAUUGUUAACCAUGCUGAAGUCACUGCUCUGGAAAAGGAUGCCAAUGGCAAGCUCUGCGGUGCCACGGUCAGUGACAAGAUUGCAGAAGCCAAUGGCGGCAAAGAUGAAUUCAAAAUCAGGGCCAAGGGAGUCAUCAAUGCUACUGGACCAUUCACUGAUGGCAUUCGCAAGCUCGACGACCCCAGCGUGCAAGAGAUUGUUGCUCCCAGCUCUGGCGUCCAUGUCAUCCUACCCGGCUACUACUCUCCCUCGGAUAUGGGCUUGAUUGAUCCCAAUACCUCCGACGGCCGUGUCAUCUUCUUCCUCCCUUGGGAGGGUAACACCAUCGCUGGUACGACCGAUGCACCUUGCGAUAUUGCCCAGAAUCCCAUCGCUGGCGAAGAAGAAAUCAACUGGAUCCUCAGCGAGGUGAAAAACUAUCUCCAACCCGAUAUUAAAGUCCGCCGCGGCGACGUCCUAGCCGCUUGGUCCGGUAUCCGUCCCCUCGUCCGGGACCCCAAGAAAUCCAAAUCCGAGGGUCUUGUCCGUAAUCAUCUCGUCACCACUUCACCAUCAGGUCUUGUCACGAUAUCAGGUGGUAAAUGGACGACCUACCGCCAAAUGGCCGAAGAAGCCGUCGACGAAGCGCUCAAGGUCUUCCCCACUAUUAAAACAAAACCUGUCCCUGCUCCACCGCUCGUAAGCGGCGUAGACGGAUUCCGCGAAGAUAUAGUCCUUGAUGGAACCUGCAAAACGCACAAUGUGCGUCUCAUAGGCGCCCAUGGCUACAGUAAGACCCUCUUCAUCAACUUGGUCCAACAUUUCGGCAUCGAUACAGAAGUAGCGAAACAUCUCUGCUCAUCCUACGGUGAUCGCGCUUGGACUGUGGCUUCCUUGUGCGAACCUACGGAACAACGGUUUCCCGUUCGCGGUAAGCGUAUUUCGGAACUCUAUCCUUACGUCGAUGGUGAAGUGCGGUAUGCUUGCCGCCACGAGUACGCCGAGAACGCUGUUGAUGUCUUUGCGAGACGGACACGGCUGGCUUUCUUGAAUGCGCAAGCUGCGCUCGAAGCCCUUCCCACGAUCUUGGACAUCAUGACCGAGGAGAAGAAGUGGAGUAAAGCAAGGCAGGACAAGGAGUGGAAGGAUGCUAUCUCUUUCUUGGGUUCCAUGGGGUUACCGAAGGGUAAACUUGGUUUGACUAGGCAGCAGGUGGAGAAGGGUGAAGUGGGAAAGUAUGUCGAUGAGGAGUACGGGAUGUAUGCGAGACAUGAUCGCCCUGAAGAGACAUUGGCUUCGGACUCGAAUUUCACCUCUGGAACUAACCCGAUGAUCAGCGAUGACUCGCCAGCUAACGCUUAA